GUUUAGGAUGAUUGAGGAGAGCGGAAGGCGGACAAUGGCAGAGAAGAGGCAGCUGUUCAUGGAGAUGAGAGCCCAGAAUUUUGAUGUCAUCAGGCUGUCGACGUAUCGCACCGCCUGCAAGCUGCGCUUUGUGCAGAAACGAUGCAAUCUCCACCUUGUGGACAUCUGGAACAUGAUUGAAGCCUUCCGAGACAACGGCCUUAACACUUUGGAUCAUAACACAGAGAUCAACGUGUCUCGACUGGAAACCAUCAUUUCGUCCAUCUACUACCAGCUGAACAAACGCCUUCCGUCCACGCACCAGAUCAGUGUGGAGCAAUCCAUCAGCCUCCUCCUCAACUUCAUGAUUGCGGCGUACGACAGCGAGGGCCACGGGAAGCUGACGGUGUUUUCCGUAAAGGCCAUGCUGGCGACUAUGUGUGGCGGAAAAAUUCAGGACAAGCUAAGAUAUAUUUUCUCUCAAAUGUCGGAUUCCAACGGACUGAUGAUAUUUUCAAAGUUUGACCAGUUCCUGAGAGAGGUCCUGAAGCUGCCCACCGCUGUGUUCGAAGGGCCUUCCUUUGGCUACACAGAAAACUCCGUGCGGAUCUGCUUCCCUCAGCAGAAAAAGGUCAUGCUGAACACGUUCUUGGACACGCUGAUGGCUGACCCGCCACCCCAGUGCCUUGUGUGGCUGCCUCUCAUGCACAGGCUGGCCCACGUGGAGAAUGUCUUCCAUCCGGUGGAGUGCUCGUACUGCCGGUGCGAGAGCAUGAUGGGCUUCCGGUACCGGUGCCAGCAGUGCCACAACUACCAGCUCUGCCAGAACUGCUUCUGGCGCGGCCACGCGAGCGGCGCCCACAGCAACCAGCACCAGAUGAAGGAGCACUCCUCCUGGAAGUCGCCGGCCAAGAAGCUGAGCCAUGCCAUUGGUAAAUCUCUGGGCUGCGUGCCCACCAGAGAGCCCCCUCACCCCGUGUAUCCAGAGGAGCCCGAGAAGCCCCUCGACCUCGCCCACAUCGUCCCGUCUCGGCCUCUUGCGAACAUGAACGAUGCCACGGUUACCCACACAUCCUCGGGAGACCCCACCCCAACGAAAAGGUGGCAGCCCAGCCUGGUCCCCUCCGAGCGGCUCCGCGAUGAGCACGUCCUGAUCGCGGCCUACGUGAGCCGGCUGCAGAGCGGCGCACGCGUCCUGGACAGCCCCAGCCGACUGGACGAGGAGCACCGCCUGAUCGCCCGGUACGCUGCCCGGUUGGCCGCCGAGGCUGGAAAUGCGCCUUCGCCCGGGAGCCAGGUGGACUGGGGGCAGUUUCGGAAAGGAACGGCGCUUCCACAUGGAGGGCUCCAAGCGCCCCAGGCAGAAAUCCUUGGCUCGAAGAAGCAUCUGUGCAGCUCUUGGGCCAGUGGCCAAGAUCCUGCUGCGACGUCGCGAGAGCUGCCCCCUCGCCGGCUUUCCACCAAGGGCUUCGCCGGCCCCUCGGGCACCCACGGCCAGCCCGAGACCCCCCAGCCACAGCGCUGGCUGCGAGCCAAGCAGUGUUCCGAGUGGGAGGUGGUGGCGGGGGCUGCUCCAGGCGCCCUGCAGCAGCGUGGAAUGAGUGCGCGGUGGAUCGGGACCUCAAAGCGCCCAGAAAGCCCUGCUGUGGCAGACCAAGGGUCCAUCCAGCCUGGUGCCCCUUCGGUCAAAGCAGCCCCCUCAGAUGGCUGCCCCGCUGCCCUUGACGGCCUCCGGGAGAUCCUGCAGGAGAUCCAGCGCCUGCGCCUGGAGCACGAGCAGGCCUCCCAGCCCACGCCGGAGAAGGCGCAGCAGAACCCGACGCUGCUGGCCGAGCUGCGCCUGCUGCGGCAGCGGAAGGACGAGCUGGAGCAGCGGAUGUCGGCGCUGCAGGAGAGCCGGCGGGAGCUGAUGGUGCAGCUGGAGGGGCUCAUGAAGCUGCUCAAGGAGGAGGAGCAAAAGCAUGCAGCCCAGGCAGCCGGCUCGCCGCGCACGUCCCCCGUCCACGGGGCUGGCCGCACGAUGCCCAUGCCCGUCCGGUCCACGUCUGCCGGCUCCACCCCGACGCACGUGCCCCAGGAUGCGCUUGCCGGUGUCGGCGGGGAUGUCCAGGAGGCCUUUGCACAGGGAACACGGAGGAACCUCCGUAACGAUUUGCUGGUUGCGGCGGAUUCCAUUACCAACACCAUGUCGUCCCUGGUGAAGGAGCUGCAUUCAGGAGGAGAGGAGCGCGGGGAAGAGGAGGAGGACACAGUGCAGAACGGGAAGGACCGAGGUUAACUUGGAAGAAGCUGGGCGGCCACGGCGAGCCGAGCGAGCGGCCCUUCGCAUUCCAGGCGCUCAGGGCCGGGCCCCGGGCCGCCCGUCAUGGAGGGGCUCGGCCAAGACCUCGAGGGAGCUGCGCACCUGGGGCCGGAAGAGCCGCGCUCGCCCUGAGCGCACGGGAAGCCCCCCUGGCAGGCCGGCCCGUCACACCUGCUGCUGCUGCUUCGAAAUAACGUGUCCUUAUUUUUACGCUUCCUCUCCACGAGAGGGUCUCCUCCCAGCGAGAGACUCUCCCCCGCCGUGCUUGAAUGGCUCCCGUAGAAUAGUGGUCACGCACGCAGACAAAAUGCAAAACGAAGACAAAACGGCACAGAACGAACCUGUCAAAGCUCAUCGGGUAGAAACAUUCCUACGAAGGAAGGACGGCCCCCUGGCCCGGCCCGGCCCCAGCCGCGCAUCACCUCGGCCCGAGGGAGGAGGCCGGUCGGUGGAGCGGGCCCUGCCUCCUUCCACGGGGCAGCCGCCAGGAAGGCCCUGGGGAACGCGGAGAGCCAGCGUGGGGUGGCGGCGUCGCGCACGGGGCGGACGGGGACCCAGGCGCCUGGGCUCUCGUCCCGGCCGAGCCACAGAGCCAAGCGGGUGACUUUGGCCCAGCCACGGACGCUCAGCCCAGCCUACCUCACAGGGUUGCU